AUGUUCCACUCAGCACCCCCGGAGCUCAGCGCUGCUCACCUCAACGACACGCCUGAGACGGACUUGGCCACGCCCGACAGCUACGAUGUCAACCGCUAUCUUGCCGCUGAAAUGGAAUCUAGACACUUCUCCUCUGGCAUUCCAGGACCCUUGACUUCCGAUUCUAGCCGCUUCUCCGACAUCUCAACUAUCCUUCCUGAUCCUGCGUCACAACGGCGACACACCUUGGGAUGGACGCAACACGACUGCGCACACCUCGACCCUCUCCCGUUAAAUUUCGAUUCCGGCCCCUCUGCCUUUGGUCAUCCACCACACUCUGCGCUUAGCCUCAUCGACAGUUGGCGGCAGCAGAGCCCUUCCAGGCCGUCGAGUGCAGCGGCAGAACCAAGCGAACCCAGUCAAUCUCAGCUUCCUAGCAAAGAACGUGUCUUGGAAAUGGUCAACAGCUUCUUCUCCGCUCAACACCACCUUUUGCCCUCAGUACACCGGGCGUCUUUCAUUGCGAGGUUGUCCAAGGACAUGACUGGCUUGAGCUCCGGCCCGUUUCUUUGGGUCAUUCUCGCGUUAUACUGCUCCUGCGACAAGUCAGAAGCCAUGCAGAGACAAUAUUGCCGUUGGAUGCAGAUAGCGCACUCCAAUCUCGAGCCCAUAAGCACAACGCACGUGGGAAGCAACACCACCAAUAUGUUGCAAGCUUCCUACUGCAGGGGGGAAGUCACGGACGCGUGGCUGCUUCUCGGCCGCACUGCGCAACUAUUGAGUGUCCUUGGGCUGGAUCGCAUCGAUAGCAAACACCGAACACCAAGGAUGAAAGCGGAGCUAAACUCUUGCUCCGACAUUGAGGUGGAAGAGCGUCGCAAAUGCAUAUGGUGCCUUGCACUUCUCGAUCGUGUCAUUGUUUCUAUAAACGGCCUCGCUUUGUCUAUAGACGACAGAUAUUUCCACGUUGAUUUCCCACUCCCAGAGCUAGAAUUCCAGGAGGCGCAAAAUUCGCAAAACGCUGACAGAGGUCACCAGCUCAAAGACAUUGAAUAUUUACGGGAAAAUUACACUUGCGCAGCUUUUGAUCUACUUAAUGGCACAUCGGAGAUGGCGAGCCAGCCCUCUUUUGGGCAUAUUCUGAAAGUUUCAGUUAUCCUGGGCCGUGCUUUGGCCAUUCAAAACAGCCUUCAUAAUGACGAGACUCAAGACCAGUAUCUGGAAAAACUUCGAACCCUGGAAAGCGUCCUCAACACCUUCAGUUAUGCUGCCUCAGCAUCAGGCGAAGCAGUCGGUGCGACAUCACUGAUGCAGCUGUGGCUCAGGAUGCUGACCCAAUCUUCGAAAAUCUCGAUCCUCCAUCCACCCGGACCGAGCACGCUCGGUCUUUGCGACUGUCUGAUCUCUCCAUCGCCAGAUGCGUCCCGAAACAGGACGGACAGCAGAUGCGUGAGGGCCGCCAUGAGCGCUGCCGGCACCAUCAGCCAGGCACUCCAGAAGACGCUGGUCGCGCUAAACAAUCCAUUCUUGCUGCCCAUGGCAUGCACGUCUGCGCGUAUGCUGGCGCUUUUGCGGAAUCAGAUGCACGAAUCAGACCGAGGACAGGCCCGGGUAGCCAUCAACGAGAUACUCAACGUGGUAAACUACAUUUCAAUUAAAUUUCCCGGCGCAGGAGCGAAAGCGCAGGAGGCGAUCAAGCAGAGACUAUAUGAGCUCGAAUACGGCGCUAGAGAAAAUUCAUCGAGCUGCCAUAUCGGGAUAGAUUGCGAAUAA